GGGAAGGGGAGGAGGGAGUGGGGGAAAUUACCACUGAUGGUGGGAUGGGUUAUACCCAGCAAACACGAAAGAUUUGGCCAAGCAGUAGAUGGUUACUGCAGUUUAUUUUCUGAGUUGCUGUUAAAAGGAUUUUUUUUUGUUAGCUUUUUGUGAUAAAGCAGAAGCUAAGUUGCAAAUUAUAAAGCAUAUUGUAAGUCAUGUAAUCAGAUCAUUAUUUUGCCUUUUAAUGUUUGUAUGUGUAGGUAGAAUAACGAUCCAGUCUGAAAGACAUGCAUAAUUAUGAUAGCCUUCUUUUAUGUCUCUCAUUCUCAUAUGUUGUACAGAAGCAGUGUGGUAUUGUGGGAAAUCAUGGCUACAGAGCCACUUCACGGGCAGAAUGACAAUAUUAGUUUUCACUUUUGUAUUCACUUUUUUGACUCUUGGAAUCCUAGCCCUGUUCGAAAAUUGCCUCCCUUUAGAUGGAGUAAUUUGAGCUUGAUUUUCCUUUUUUAUGGGAGUUGUCACACCUUGAUUGGUGCAGCUUUGAAUAUCUGGUUUUCACAAGGACGUGGUCUUAUGCAGCCUCCAUCCCAGCAGUUCUGUGAUACCUGUAAAGUGAUGCUGAACUCCCCUGAGCAGGCCCAUCAACAUUACCAGGGUGCUCGUCAUGCAAAGAGGUUAAAGCUUGUUGUGAAGGGACCUAGAAAUGAUGGUGCAACACCAGGAGAGUCUGAAUCAGACCCACAUCAUGGUUUCUUCUUCUGCAGUUUCUGCAAUGUCUAUGUCAACUCUGUGCAGCAGAUGACUAUACACAGAGAAGGUUCAAAACACAAGAAGAUGGUAGAAGCCAAGAAACGAGCUGCAGAAGAGCAAUCCUUAGACAUGCAACCACCAACAAAAACUCCAAAAAUCGACAGAGGGCAAACAGUUUCUGGCAGGGGACAAACUGUUUCUGGCAGGGACAAACUGUUUCUGGCAGGGGACAAACUGUUUCUGGCAGGGGACAAACUGUUCCUGCCAGAGGACAAACUGUUCCUGCCAGAGGGCAAAAUUUUGCUGGCAACAGAGGAAACCUCUUUGCUGGUGGCAGAGGGAAAGGCUCUGCUGUUGGGAGAGGCCAAAACUUUGCUGAGACUCCAUCAGAGCCCCUGACUGUGGCAGGGAUUUUGAAUGAUAUCAGAAGAGGAGGCCAGUUUCAAGAGAGGCCUGAUCCCAUGAGACAGACACAUGACAAUCAUGGAGGUUAUGAUGACUACAACGGUUAUGAAAGGUGCAACAGUUACGAUGGCUACAACAAUUACAAUGGUUAUGGCGGUUAUAACAGUUAUAAUAGUUACCCAGAUCUGACAGACAGCUUUGUGCCAGGUGAGCAGGUGGGCUGAAGAACCAUCAAGUAUUUUUUUUUUUUGUUUGCUUCACAUCAUGAUGUUGAUCCUUCAUGGACUUCAAUAAUUAUGUUUAAGGUUUCCAUAUGAAAAAAAUGAUUGUUCACACACGUGUCCAGGGAUGCAGAAUAGUCGUUUUUUGUGGAAUGAAUUUAAUAAAUGUAAUCAUUAAUCAAA